AAAACUCCACUCGGCGGCGGGACCCACAAUCAAAGAGAUGAGGACACAGCCCAAACGGCGCCGUUUAUUCCCUCUCCCCCAUAUCACCGCCAGAGAGCUCACUCCCUCACCCCCUCAGGUGCUUUGGAUUCUCAGCUCAGAGAAACCGAGUUUAGAGAGAGAAAGCGAAAGAUUUUAGAGAGAGAACGUGAGAAUGCCGAGCUCGCAAUUCCUCUGUAAAUCUCUCUUUUCACACUGAACUGGGUUGCAGUAAUUGUGUUCUGGGGUUCGUCAAAGGAUGGGGAAAUCUCCCGCGAAAUGGUUCAGAUCUGUUCUUCUGGGGAAGAAAGGUGCCAAAUCUGGCAUUUCAAAGAAAUCCGCAAAGAACAAAGGACCAUUAGUUUCUUCAAAGGAAACAGCAUCCAACUUGUCAAUGGACCUCCUGUCUUUGGUUCCGGAGACUCUUCCUGCUAGUGCUAUACAAUCUAAAGAGAAUUCCAAUUCUGAAAAAGGAGAAGCUGAAAAGUUAGUCAGUGAUGAGGUGGUUAAUCCUUCUAUGAAGCAAAAUGAUAUUGCAGGCAGUGCAAGUGAAUCUACUGUUGAUCUCCCUGGAGAUCUUCAGAAGCAUAGGCUUGAGCAAGCUGCAACAAAAGCACAAGCUGCUUACAGGGGUUAUCUGGCUCGGCAAGCAUUUCAGACGCUCAAGGGCGUAAUAAAACUUCAAGCAGCGAUCCGUGGACAUUUGGUCAGAAGACAAGCUGUUGCUACCUUAUAUUGUCUUCGGGGUGUUAUUAAGAUUCAAGCACUCGCAAGGGGUCAAAUAGUUAGGCAAUCUAAGGUCAAAAGCGAAAUGCUCCAGAAGCAAGUAUUGGGAAAUCAGACACCAGAUUAUUCCAAAACUAAUGCAUCUGUUCCAGCUGAGGAGCUACUGAAAAAUGCUUUCACUAAAAAGCUACUUCGUUCGUCCCCCAGUUCGAUGCCUCUACAGCUUCAAUAUGGUCCUGGGGAGCCUAACUCUUCCCAUGAAUGGUUAAUGCGAUGGACAAUAGCGAAAAUUUGGAUUCCAGAAUCUCAGCCUAAAGAUACUUCUGGCUCGAAUAAAAAACCCAAGAUAAGGAAGGGAUCAAAUAAUCUUAUUUUGGACACUGGGAAGGAUAAGAACAGCCCAAAGAAAAUGCCACAUCAUCAUUCAGCAAAAUCUAUUUCUGAGCACCAAGGAAAUGAAAUUGAGAAGAUUAGACUUAAUCUGAAGAAGAUCUCCAAGCCUAUAAUGGAAAAAUCUGCUCGGUCGGAGCCAAACACUGACAGAUCAACCGAAAAUAAUCUGAGAAAGCAGUCAAGCACUGACAAUAAUUCAUGUCAUGAACUGGAGAAACCUUCUGGUGCAGAAACUCUUUUUCUGGAAGGGGUAUCAACGGUGACAGCCCCUAGUGUUCCUGCUGAUUUAAACUCUCUUCAGUCACAAAUUGGUAUGAACUGUUCAACGAAUGAAUCCGCAAAACAUGAUGAUGUAGAAAAACUUCCAGAAAAGCUAUCAGAUCAAGCAUUGGUUACAGAGUUGAAUGACACUCCUGUUUCAAAAAUAUCACCCAACCCAAUUGCUGAAACAAGUCAUGAGGAUAUUUCAACAACGCCAGAUGAAGUACUAAUUUGCAAUGGCAAGAAGAACGAAAAUGGGAGUAGCAAGAUUAAGCAGAAGAGAAGAGCUUUGUUGCCAUUAAAGUAUGAUAUGGAUGGAGGGCAUGGAGGUACUCCACCCACCCAAAGAAAGUUACCCAGCUACAUGGCUCCUACCCAGUCUGCUAGGGCUAAGGUGAGGGAGCAGGCCUCUCCCAGGUAUGGGCAAGAAGCAUUGGAGAGCAUUGCCGUGACUAGACGUUAUUCUAUGCCAUCUCUAACUACUGGAAAGAUGAGUUCCUCUCCACGAGUGCAGAAACUGGUGGCCCAAGCAAGUGGCAAAGAAGGAAUUAAAAUUGAUAGAUCUUUGUCAACAUCUAGGGAUGGUUCUGAUAAGGCGAUUCGAGCAGAGUGGAAAAGGUGAUGUUGCAAAAGCACGGGAUUAAUUUUUUUUAUCAUCCCAAGUGUGUAAUUGACUCGUAGAACAGAUUGCGCGUUCAAUGCUAUUAUCACUAGUCGUUUUGUUUAUGGUAGGUUUAUGUAUCUUUAACCGGCUUUCGUCCGUCUGCUUUUGUUUCGUUUUUGUUUCCCCUGUAAUGUAUGCAGACUAGAUUGCAGCUAUUAGUUAUCAUCAAAUUUUAGAAUGCCAAUCUUACAUUUAACUAAUUUUGUGCAUGAAACUAUGUGUAUGUGUGAGACUAAUCUUACAUCCAUGUUUUGUUGAUCAAUGUUAUUUCUUACAAAAUCUACCGUGGUAUUGAAAGUUAUUAACGUACAUAUCUUUCUAGUAAAGUUUUGUUAGAAUU